GAUUAUUUCGACAAGAAGCCGGCCGCCUUGAAACGCGAUAUUCAAGACGAGUUGUGCAGUAAUACCGAUUCUGUAGCCAAAAAGCUCAAAGAAGAAUCCAAGAUCACGUUUCGAUGUGAAGUUAAUAAGAAACAGUUUCAAUUGAACUCCGAUCUUGCAGCGAAGGUGAAGUCAGCGUCAGUUGCUCUCGGGAAGAGAAAAUUAGACCUUGUUAAAACUCACCUGGAAGAACUAGACUCUGACAUCGAGAAGCGCAACAAACGUAUCAGACUGACAGAAAAGUCCGCCGCCGGUUAG